AUGACAACAACAACAACAACAACAUCAUCAUCAUCACCAUCAUCAUCAUCAUCAUCAUCAUCAGUAGUAGCAACAGCAGCAGGAGCAGCAGCAAAACCCAAUGUCGACCAUCGUCAUGAUAAUAUCAGCAGCAACUCCCGCGAAUUUCCGGUUUCUUCUGACUCUAAAGGAAAAUUAAGAAAAUAUUUUCGAUGGAAACACUCCCUUUCUUUAUUAUUGAACACAUCACACUAA